GAAGGAAGCAUUAAUGUCAUUCGAGAAAAUAAAAUAAACAAUAUUAACAGUAAUACCAGCUGCAAUAUAAUAAUAAUCUACUUAUCCCCACCGAUCAUUCUUGAAGAUCUUCUUAAGCUUAUUACUUUCUCCCUAUCGUUAUUUAUUGACUUUGAAUUUGAAGACUUCACAUUUUUAUAAGAAUGGAUGCUUUUCCUGUUGGUGUUUCAUUCAUAUCUACGUUGGCAACUUUUUAUAUGAAACGAGUGUCGGGAGUUCGACCACAUUAAGUAAAUUAAACUUCAACUUCAUUCAUCGCUCGCUUGGAAUUUGCAUUGCUCAAGCAAUAUUCAAAGAAUCGAAUUCCCAUAAUAUAUCGAACUCGGAAAAUUUGUCAUUUCUCAUCAAAGCAUUCUCGGGAUUUUAUUUGCUUUUUCUUCAGCAUCACAUUCUUCAGCAUCGUCAGAUCACUACAUCGUACACCACGGCCUACUAGCGUUUUUCGGGAAACAAGUUCACAACAAUUCUUCGAUUCAUAUUCCAAAUUAUAUUCACAUUUUCAUAUCAAAGCGUCUAAAUGGUGACCACGAUCCACACUCGAAUUUUUCGCCAUAGUCAUAGUCAAGGACACGAUAUAAAGCCUUCAGUUAGUCAUCAGUCGAGAAGAACCGAACGAGAGAGUUCGUUGCCAAGAAGAAUGGAUAGGGAAAGCUCCCUUCCACCAACUACAUGUAGUAGAGGUCACACACAUCCUCCUUGGAAUACGACGGGUGUAUUGAGGAUAGCGAAAUGUGAAAGUGUUUGUGGCUUUUGUAUGAAAGAAACGGAUACAGCUGCAAAAUUGAGGAAACAUGUUUCCGUGCAUAUCAAAAAUGAAGGACUUAAUUUGACGAUAGCGGAGGCUGCUAGUGGAAGAGGAAAAUUAGAAGUACCAACUCACAAAUCUUCACAUGAAAGAUCAGGGUCUACGUCACAUUACUCAUCACAUGGCAACAUAACACCUCUGGAGGAUGAACAUCCCCAGCUCACAUACUCAUCGCAUACGCCUUCUUAUUCAACCUACUCCCCAGCAUCCCUCACUACCUCACCAUCUCACUAUACAAGUAUAGCUCAACGACCCUUAACAACUUCAACCUCAAGCUACGAUACAUACCCCUCUCAUCGAUCUCCAUCCAGUACCAGCGGGUUAUCCUACUCUACAAUCCCAAGUCCAAGCAGUACCUCAGCCCUCUCCAACUAUCGUUCCCUAGCCCAAGGUUCUUCAACACACGCCAUCAGCGAUCCCUUCUCCUCGCUUCGCUCUCACGCUCUCCGUACCAAAUUCGAAUGGACCGUCAUCACUCCCUCGGAAGGUUUCGCUAUCCUCGACUAUUGCAAGUCAUUAUCCCAAGCUACUGGCGAACAAGUGCCGUGCUAUAACCGCGAAACGCUGUUUGACGAAGAGUGGCAAGCUCACAUGAGAGAUAUUCAUGGGGUUUAUCUGAUAUGGCCAGAAACGUGGAUGAAGCGGGUUGAGGUAUUGGAUUUAGAGGGGGUGGGAGGAAAGAUCGAAGGAGUCAACGAUUUGGUUAUGGAGGGGAAAGCGAUAGAUAACUGGGGGUUAUUAGGGAAUGAAUGAUAAUUCAGAGAAUAUUCAUGAUUACGUACCGGGUUUUAGGAGGGGGCAAUUGGACUGGAAAAACGACGAAUACGGGAUGGAAUACUAGCAUGGCAUGCAUGAACUACAAGGGAUCAUAGGGAAUUCAAUUUCUUUGCAAAUGCAAAGAUGGAGUUUGGGGACAAGAAUUGGAAAGGCCUGGUACGGGGAAUGCAUUAGAAACUGGAAAGGUUACAAAGGAAGAAAAACACCGGCGUGCGCUGAAAGUUUUGUACAUCAUGAUUUCCGUUCAUUCGGAUACAUGGCCAUUCUCAUAUUCAUCACAUGAUAUGGAUAUGAAUAGGGGGGGCAGAAUGAAUAUAUGAAUUCAUAAACAAACUCUUCGAUUAGAUGUACUUAGUGUGAUGGACUAAGAAUUUACCAAUUUAAUAUAUAC